CCCCGCUCAGAGAGGGAAGCGAGUUUGGCCAGCCGGCGGGUGAAAGCGACGUUCCCCAGUCCCAAAGGGAGGGGCGGAAUGGACGGGCCCCUUCCUCCCAGGGAGUCUGCAAAAUUCAUUGCAGAGAACAGUCGGGAUGUGUUCAUCGACGGCGGAGGCGUGCGGAGGGUGGCCAAGCUGCUGCUCGCCAAGGCCUCGGGGCCCGAGCUGCGCCUGGGGGGCUGGAAGGCCCUUCACGAGCUGAAUCCCAGGGCGGCCGACGAGGCCGCGGUCAACUGGGUGUUCGUGACAGACACGCUCAACUUCUCCUUCUGGUCGGAGCAUGAGGAGCACAAAUGUCUGGUGGGGUACAGGGGGAAAACGUACAGCGGGUACUGGUCCCUGUGCGCCGCGGUCAACAGAGCCCUCGACGAAGGGAUCCCGAUAACUAGUGCUUCCUACUAUGCCACAGUGACCCUGGAUCAGGUUCAGCACAUAUUCCGUUCUGACACGGACGUUCCCAUGCCUUUGAUAGAAGAGAGGCAUCGGAUUCUUAAUGAAACCGGGAAAAUUCUGCUUGAGAAGUUUGAAGGCUCUUUUCUUAAUUGUGUCCGAAAAAGUGAAAAAAGCGCUCAGAAGUUAAUGCACCUGGUAGUCGAAAGCUUUCCUUCUUACAGAGAUGUGACUCAGUAUGAGGGGAAGAAAAUUUCUUUCUACAAACGGGCCCAAAUCCUCGUGGCAGAUACGUGGAGUGUGUUAGAGGGAGAAGGAGACGGCUGCUUUAAGGACAUCUCCAGUAUCACCAUGUUUGCUGACUAUAGAUUACCUCAGGUUCUUGUGCACCUGGGAGCCCUGAAAUACUCAAAGGAACUACUGGAGAAGCUUCUCAAAGGAGAAAUGCUCUCGUAUGGGAAUAGGCAAGAGGUGGAAAUCAGAGGGUGCUCACUGUGGUGUGUUGAACUGAUCCGGGAUUGUCUUCUGGAGCUUAUUGAAAACAAGGGUGAAAAAACCAGUGGCGAGAUCAAUUCCAUUCUUCUGGAUUAUUACUUGUGGGACUAUGCCCGUGACCACAGGGAAGAUAUGAAGGGAAUUCCGUUUCAUCACACGCGUUGUAUUUAUUACUGA